AGAAACCAAAAAGUUGUUUUUAAGAAUUCAUGUAUGUGAAAUCGCUAAGUAACAACUAUUUCCUCACCUGUCCAGAUGUUUGUCAUUUUUAUCAUACAUAUUCAAUGUGCGUUAAAAUUACAUUUCAUACAGACCACUCAUCAUAAUCAUCCGGAUACGUGGGUUAUUUGAAUUCUAGCGAUAUUAAAUAUAACGUAAAACAAGCAAAUUCGGACCCUUUGAGAAUAAAAUUUUUGUUCAUGUGCAUAUUAUGUGUUAGAAGUGGGUAAGUUGAAUUAGAUUAAUUAGGAUUUUGAAGGAACAAGGAAAUGAGUGAUAGUACCUUAUGUCUGCUUUGAUUUAAUUUUUUAAUUUAUUUAGCUUCACGUCUUGCAGUUUUUAAGGUUAUUCAUCAAAAGAGUAUUUUGUUGAUCAUGAUGAGUAAAUUUCUUACCAAGUAUCUUUAACGUGAAUGAGUUUUUAAACUAAUUUAAAUCAGUAUUACUCUGAAUAUUAUUGGUUUGACAAGAUGAAACACAGUUGCUUUGCUUUUAGCAGUUAAAAUGCUUCCAAAUGGUAGUAUGUAUGACGUACAAUGCUUCAAUAAAUUUUCUAAACACUAGUCCUCAGCCUACUUAAUUAAUUAUUUCAAUCUACUGUCAAUUUCGAAAUUUCUACACUCUUCUGUAUUAACUCCAAAAAUAUGAUCCGUACUUUCGGAUAAAUUUCCAAAACCAACUACGUUUAAUCGCACUUAUGACGAAAAUUAAACCUCAUCUUUAACGUGGCCCGACUAAAGUGGUACUUUGAUAACUUUAACCAUUUUGCUUACUGUCAACUAGAAAGUUUCUUAUCUUGUUCCUAAUUUUUAUAAAUCACAAGUCCAGUGGGCUAUGGUUAGACCGUAAAAUAAAUAAGCUUCUAAAAGAUUAUAUUAAAGUCAAAAACACUACAUAAGUUAAGGAUACAUUAUCUUAGCCUGGGAUCCAUUCAGAAGGGGACGAGCAACUAGAACGCUAGUCACUCUAAAUUGAGUGCAUGAUUCGCUUUUAGAUUGCAUGGCAAUUUCUUCUGAGUUAGUAAUCUUUUCUAGAAUUUCAGAAGUACCUCUGUAGGACAGACUGUGUAAGUUGGAUACUCAGAGACAACUCAAACGGUUGUGUUCAUCAGAAAAACAACACUGUGUGAGGAGCAUCAAUUAUUAGCCUUAAAAUGUUAGUUUUAGUGGUUUGGGAAAGCUAAAAUGUUAAAAAGUCAUGAGAGAUGAAAGACGAAUUAUUUAAAAAACCUCAUUAUCUUUUAUGUAUCAAGAUUUUUGCCGUGUCUCCGACAAUAUUGUCUAUUGCGUUGAAAUUAUGUAGAUUCAAAAGCAUAAUUUGUUGGAACUUUUAUUUACUUCAUAGUUAUGCUACGUUUAGUAAGAAAAAUAAACUACGAAACUUUAAACCUUGAUUGAGGUUGCUUAUGACAAGUUGAUUUACAUAUCAAAACUCAAUGGGAAAUCUCAUCGAUUAUUUGAUUUCUGCUUUUUAUUUAAGAAUAUAUACAGCUGUAAAUAUGCUGAAGAUUUUUCAUUGGCUAGCUUGAGUCCACACCACGGUAUCGUUUAGUGGCAUGGCAUAGUAGCGUGGUUCUAUGAAUCUCAAGGUCCCUGAUGUUAACUUACUAGUGAUAUAAAUAAAGAAGUCAUUAAUUACUUCCGGAUAUGACAACAAAGUUAUCCAAUGCGUUUUAACACAAAAAAGGUCUUGAUUGGCUUUUCCGUGAGAAAGAAAGCAUCACGUGUUGACAAAAUGUUUUUCUUUCAUGUAUUCCAAAAGUAUAAGCAGGUGAUAAGAUUCUACACCUAUGGCACCACACAUAAUCUAAAAGGGCAUAUAAAGAUAGAUACUAAAUGACAGUAAAAAUAGCCGUAAUACGUGCAUGUAUAUGAAUAUAGUGGGUUAAAAAUUAAAGGAGAUAUAUAUUAGUAAAACCAAAUUGUACAUCUAAAAUAUUCUCAUUCAACCUGACGUGCUCAUAGGAUCCUAAUCCUUUCGAUUUAAAACUAAUACAUCUUCCUGUCGUGUUAACUUAUCGCUCCAAGUUAGUUCAUGUUUGCUUUUAAUCAUUUUCCCACUUUUUCAAAGUAGUUUUACUAGGAUUAUUAAGAUAUUAUCAUACAUAUUUACCAAAAUUGUCUAAUCCUAAGACAGUUUACAAUAUCUACCAAUUUAAGUCAUAAAAUCAUUUGAAAUCAAGCAGCGACAGGAAGUCGUUUUGUUCCAUUUUGAGGCUAGAUAUUCAUGCACAUCCAUGAAUAUACCGGAGACCGCACUCAGUAGUUCGAAUCACUAGAUCGUAACUCAGUGGUCCUCUGAUUCUUAAAUUUUUUAGUUGUUUAGCUGAAGUCACCUCAAUUGUGCAAUAUUUAAUAGUAAAUUUUCUAAUUUUGAGUAAGAUUUAUAAAUGUCAAUUUUGUAACUCUACAUCAUAGCUGUUAAGUUUGUCUUGAUUUUCAAUGGUUUUCUAUCCAUAAUAACUUCAUGAUGUAGAUUGUUACAAAUUUUAACAGUUUUCUUAACUUCAUUAUAUGUCAAUUCAUUUAACAACUUCAGGUUGACAAAAGUGAUAAACUUUUAAAACUUUCACUAGAUUUUGAUUGUUUAUCUAAGGCCCAGUCAACAACUACAUGAUACUAUUUUUCUACUCAAUCUGAUAAUGUUUACUAAUCUUUCACAUCUGUACAUAAGGAAAAUACUUAAACUACAUUAACUGAAUGGAAAUUAAUAUCAGAAGGGGUUUUGUGAAUAUUAUAGUGAUUUUCUAAUAAUUGAGAUCAUGAGUCAAUUAAAGAUAGACCACUAUGGAAAACGUAGAAGCAUUGGACGGCCGUUUCGUCCUACUAUGAGAUGCCUCAGCAAUAUGCAUCCACAAUCCCGUCUCGGGAGUUUUGAAUCGAGGACCUGUCGGUUUUGCGCGUCAACACUCAACCACUAGACCAUUGAGCAGGCUGAUAUUCAUUGAUGUUGAUGUCUAACUUCAACUAAUCCACGAAAUUGCGCGACCAUAUUCCAUUGUAUUGAGGUAGAUGCCUGUUUCUACCCGACACGGAUUAGCUUCACUGGUUACAGCUUCUCACUAGAACUCUGAGAAUUCCUUCACGAAUCCAGUCACUAGUGAGCACAUGGUAAUUAUCAGUAUAGAGUUGUAGAGAUUAUUAAGUUUUUGAUUGAGAUCAAUCUCCAUAACCUUACACUGAUAAGAAUUUUCUAUGAAUCUAUAUUAAAUGUCAAAACGGCAGCAACAACACAUGAACAAUUAUCUCUUCUCAAUUAUAUUUAGGAAUAACUUAAUGUAUGAAUUCAGUAAAUUACCAAUUACCAAAAGACAAAAACAAAAUACGAAUAUCGAUGAAAAUAACGAAGAAGAAGAAGAAGAAGAAGAAGAAGAAAAAGAAAAUGAAGAAACAAAGUUUUUCAUUGAUUUUUAUAAAACAUUUCAUCAAAUUCAAAUGAAUCAAAGCUGGUUUCCAAAAGAUCUACAUGAAUUUCUACAAGUUUAUAAUAUAAAUAAUUUUCCAGUUUUAAAUUUAAAUGAUAAAAUUCCCGCUGAAAAAAUUAAUUCAAUUACUCUAAAUGAUUUACAUGGUCUUUUUCAAUUUGAAAUUGAUUCAAAAAAUGUUAUUGAUCUAAUUCAAAAUAUGGAGAAACAAUUCAAUAAUGAUUUUAAACAAAUGAAAGAUAAAAUCAAUAGUUUGAAUAUAGUUACUAUAUGA